AAUCGUGGGUUCUUCUGGAAGCCAAUUCCAUAUCUUCCCUGUCGGGCAAACCGUCGUCUUACUGCUGUAUCUCUGGGGGGCCCUGCACCAUGCACGCUGUCGGCUUCACUAGUUAUCUUGGACGCCGGCUGCCGUAUUGAUAGGGUACAACCCCAAAAGAUCCCGAUAAUUUCCAGGCUGAGUACUUCAGACAAUGUCACACCUCGCUGCCCCAUUAGUCGGUUGGCUCUACAUUGUGACCACGCGCCUGCUGUAUUAGAGUUUGGGCGAUGGAUGGGGGGUGCCUCAUGA